AUGAACAAAGAACAACUCCAACAUCUUGAGAGUAUCUUUAAUGAGUGCGAUACCAAUGGUAGUGGCUUCAUCGACAAGAAUCAAUUGAGGAUGCUAGUAUCAAAGAUCACUACAACUGGAUUGGAAGAGGAUGAAUUAGACGCUCUGAUGAAGGCUUUGGACAGUGAUAAUGAUGGAAAAGUGGCAUUGCAAGAGUUUAUCAAAGGUUAUGACAUGAUACAUCCUGAACUAUUGAUCAAUGAUAGCAACAACAUAGAUGACUCUGGUGCACCAGUCGAUGAAGAGAAGAUUGAAGCUUUGUUAAACUCUUCAACUGCUGAUGCUGCACAGCAACCAUCACCAGAGGAUUAUGAGAACUAUAUUAGAUCUAUAUUCAAUUCAUUCGAUAAGGAUGGAGAUGGAGCUGUUAAUAAGGAACAGUUGAGAGAGAUGUUGAUUGAUAUCAAGGCAAAGAGUGGAAUAGAGGAGGGAGAGGAUGAGGACAUUGAUUAUAUUGUGGACUUGUUGAGCGAGUCGGGCAAACGCAACUCUAUAUCAUUCAGCCAGUUCAUGAGCACCAUUGAGCAUAUGAACAACUCACCCGCCGACGACGACGAGUCUGACGACAACACUCUCCCUUCAGCGACUGGCCAACAUCAGCAACAUCAUCACCGCAACAACAGUGUCGAGUCGCUGCUCCUCAGCAACAGCAUGCCAAACCUCCACAGUGGACAUGGCGACGACCAACACCACCACCACAACGACGAGAACAACUCUUCAUUCGAGGAGAUCGUCGACCAACCAGACUUGUCAAGCUUCUCGACCUUCUCGUCGUCGUCAUCAAGACGUCGCAGCCUGCGAUCGGCGCGCUCCAGCUGGUACGCACCCGUCUCAAUCGUGCAGAUGAUAAAGAAGCGCACAGACCUGUUCAAUCACAAGGAGAUCGAGGAGUUCACCAACGUCGUGGAAGACCCAGAGGUCGUCGACAAGCUCAAGGAGAAGGAGGCGCAUCUCAAGUCGGUCAACCUGCAUCUGGGCACCAAGAUCAACAUGGUGGAGGGCCAGCUGCGCGAGGUCAAGGAGUCGCACGACAAGCUCUCCGAGGACAAUGCCCAGCUCAAAAAGUCGGUCGUCAUUGGCAAGAAGACGCUGAUCCAGAACCAGAAGCUGGCGUCGCACAACAAGCUGCUAGAGGAGUCGAUCGAGAUGCUCAAGAAGCAGCUGCAGGACAGCAUCGAUGCAAAGAACGAGUUGAGCCACCUGUACAGAAGACUCAGGUCAGACCGCGAGUCGCUGAGUGCCAAGCUCGACGUCUCGUCCAACAACCUGUCGACGACUCAGGAUCGCGUCGCAACGCUCGAGACACAGUUGGCCGCCCGCGCCACCGCCUCGCAGUCCGUGCCACUGUCUGAGCUUGAGCAUCUCAAGGUCGAGAUGGAUAUGCUCAAGGAGCGUCUGGAGAAGGAGGUCAGCAAGGCCAAUGAGGAGGUCAAGCUGCUAAGCGAUGAGGGCCAUCUUUUGAAAAAGCAGAACAAGGAUCAGAAGCAGCUGCUCGACUCGUCAAAUCAGAUCAUCCACAAGCUGCGCUCGACGAUCGAGGAGAUACAGUCCAAGAAUCACAACUCUGACUCGAGCUACAAGCUGUCACUGCUCAGCGAGUUGGAGCAGCAGGUCGUCAACAGACUGGGCACUCCCGGUCUUGAGGACUCGACACACACGAAUGGCCAGGCCUUCACGCCACAGAACACACCUUCCCAAAGUGCCUACACGCCACAGAACACACCAACUCAAGGCAUCUCAAUCGAUCUAAAUGGCAAUGGAAGGUCGCGCAUGCUUGGAGGCAGAGGAAAGGAUGACAAUGACACUCACUCAAAUAACGAUUGGAAGGCCAAGUACGACGAGUUGUCCAAGCAGCUGGUUCAGGUCGAGCUACAGAACUUCCAGCUCAAGCAAAUCAACGAGACGUUCUCUCUGAGCGUCGAAUCGUUGGAGCAGACAAACCAGACUGUAGAUCAGUUGCAGAGCAGGAUCAAGGAGCUGACACAACAGACGACACGUCUCGAGGAAGAGAACAGCUCCCUCAAGAGCACCCAACAGAACAGCAUCAACUUGCCUCAGCCAAUUGACCCAGUUCACAUCAAGGCCGAGCAGACACAGGGCGAGCUGUCGCUGCUGAAGCAGAGGAUCGAGGAGUUGGCCCAGAAGAACACAUCGUUGCUCGACGAGAACACAGCGCUCAAGAGAGAGUCUGGAUCGUUCUCGCCUGUGACCAGCAGCCACGAGAUCGCCUCUCCAGACCUGCCAUCGCUCAACCCAGCUUCAGAGAACAACGCUGCCUUUGACUCGAUUGUCCAACUGCAGGGCCAGGUCAACAGCCUCACCAGUGUGAAGGAUCAGCUUGAGAAGGACCUGCUAAGAUACAAGGAGAAGCUUGAACGAUCGGACAAAGAGGCCCGCCAGGCUCUGGCAUCGGUUGCCAACGACAGUGUUGUCGAUGAACUGAGGCGCGAGAAUGAGUCACUCAAGGCCAAUGGACAGAAGCUUGAUGAGAGGAGUCGCGUACUCGACAUUGGCAGCGAGCAAGAACUCAACAAUCAACAGGAAGAGAUCAAGCAGUUGCGCGCCGACCUCGAGGAUGUCAACAGCAAGCUUCAAAACCAGACCAACCUCAACCGCUACCUGCAGAGCCAGCUCGACUCACACGAUCAGUCCAUCAACCAGGACCAGACACCUCUGCUGCCAAAAGAAAACGCCGCCAAGCAGAGCCGACAGUGCUGCGGCAUCUGUUAA